AUGUUUUGGGGCAAUCAAGAUUUCAGUGAACUCGUGCAGCCUGAAGGUUUUCUAAUUGACACUCGACAGGCGAACGCCGUUGGCAUAGUGAAAGGGAUCGAUGAGGGCUGCAACCAGGAAGGAGAUGCGGUUGGGGCUGCGGUGCCGUGCGGGACAAAUGCUGGCGAUGAGGGCAUUGUGUAUUUAGUGCGAAGCCACAAUCAAGCUGAUGCGCCUUUUGGCGCAUGA